GUAUAGAGAGUCAUUCUGUCUGAGACACAAGAUUACACAAUGGAUUCCAGUAACUACAAGCUCUACCAUAAACAUGGAUUUGAUUCCAGACAGCAUCUAGAGCAUUACCUAUCAGAUAAACCUGACAUGGCCUAUGCAGAAGAUCUCUUGAUAUUUCCCAUUGAGAAUCUUAAGAAAACUUUUACAGAGGGUCAUAUUAAAGGAGACAUCUUGCUUGACCUCAGCAUUGGUUCCAUGGUUCACCAUCUGUAUUCAGGCUGUGAAUUUUUCAAAAAUGUAAUUGUAAUAAAGACCAGAGACAGAUGCAUCAUGGAGCUAAAAAGAUGGGUGGACACACAUACAGGAGCAUUUGAUUGGGGCCAUGCGGCAAAACUUCAUGUAGACAUGGAAGAAAACAGUGACCAGUUACUGGACAAAGAAGUAAAAAUGAGAUUAGCACUGCAACAUGUUGUGAAAUGUGACCUUGAGAAAGAAAAUAUAACAGAUCCGAUAGUGUUACCACUAGCAGAUUGUAUCAUCAGUGCUUGGCUUCUAGAUGCUGUUUGCAAAGACCAAGAUACUUACAUCAGAUAUCUCAGGAAGUUUUCAGGGUUGCUGAAACUAGGAGGACACCUCAUAUUAAUUGCGUCUUAUGGCACAACAUAUGUCACAGUAGGGAAAGAAAAGUUUCAUGCUCUCAGUUAUAAUGAAGAGUUUGUCAGGAAAGCUCUAUCUGGAGAAGGUUUUGUUAUUGAUAACAUUGAGGUUAAGGAGAGAACAGCUGUGUGUGACCUUCUUGACUAUAAAGCCACUGCUUUCAUUGUAGCUCACAAGGAGAAAUAGGGCUGAGUAGAAACUUGAAAUUACUGGAAAGGGGUUGUGCGGGCAGUUUAUUUUGAUGACGACACUGCCGAUCAGUUUGUUCAAGAGGAGACAGAGCUCCAUGCAAACACUGCUUCCUCUUUAUUACUCUAUGUGCCGUUUCCCCUCUAACGAUGGUGUCGUGUACUUACAAGUAUUCGCCCCAUUCACUUGAAUGAGUACUUGCAAUUAAACUGCACUUCUGAGAUGACGAGCAGUAUAAUGAAGAGGAAGAACCGCUUGCAUGCAGCACAGCCUACUCUUCAAAUAGCUGAUCCUGAGGAUAGGUCAUCAUUACAAACAGGCUGCACAACCCCUUUAAGUCUGCAUAUUAAGCUAGAGCUAAUUUGAGCUGGU